AUGACUCCUCUGUUACGAUCAUUCGGUUCACGCUCCUGGCGUCCGCAAUCGCCAUGCUCGAUACGUGUGCCUCGUCUUGGCCAUGUUCGCUCUCUGGCGACGCCGUCAACAACAGAUGAUUCCAAGCCGUACUAUGUCACCACUCCCAUCUUCUAUGUCAAUGCCGCCCCUCAUGCCGGUCAUCUAUACACAAUGCUCCUCGCAGAUGUUCUGAAGAGAUGGCAGCUGCUCAAGGGAAGAAAGGCUGUUCUUCUGACCGGUACAGAUGAGCACGGCAUGAAGAUCCAGCAAGCCUCAGCAAAAGCCGGAAGUGAUCCAAAGCCUUUCUGUGACAAAGGUGCCGACAUCUUCAAGAAUCUGGCCAAGAGAGCUGAGCUCAGCAACGAUCACUUUAUCCGGACCACUGAUCCUGCACACAAAGAAGCUGUCGAGUACGCCUGGCACUUGUUGAACGAGAGAGGCUACAUCUACCAAUCCAAGCACGAAGGCUGGUACUCGGUUAGUGAUGAGACCUUCUACCCAGAAUCUCAGGUCCAUCUCGUCUUGGAUCCUCCUACCGGAAGAAAGGUCAUGGCAUCCAUCGAGACGGGUAAAGAAGUCGAGUGGACAUCCGAGAUCAACUAUCACUUCCGGCUAUCCGCUUUCCGUGACAAACUUCUUGCAUACUACACCGAGAAUCCCGAAUGGAUCACUCCUCAUGUCAAGAUGAAGGAGGUUGUGUCUGCAGUCACAGCCGGUCUCGAAGAUCUGUCCAUCUCCCGUCCAUCCACAAGGUUGACCUGGGGCAUCCGCGUACCCACCGAUCCCACGCAGACCAUCUAUGUCUGGUUAGAUGCUUUGAUCAACUACGCUACCGCUGCUGGGUAUCCCUGGGCUCCAGGUUCUGAACACAUUGGUGGCUGGCCCGCUGAUGUGCAAAUCAUCGGCAAGGACAUCCUGCGCUUCCACUGUAUCUACUGGCCUGCCUUCCUCAUGGCUCUUGAUCUACCUCUGCCAAAGCGCUUCCUUACACACGCUCAUUGGACUCUUGGUAAGCAAAAGAUGGCCAAAAGUACCGGCAAUGUCGUAAAUCCCUUCUUCGCCCUUGACCGCUUUGGUACCGACACUAUGCGCUACUACAUGAUUCAUGAUGGUGGCAUCGACAAUGAUGCAGACUACGAUAAUAUCUAUAUCAUCGAACGCUAUAAGAAGGGUCUUCAAGGAGGUCUGGGAAACUUGGCUUCCAGAAUCACCCGCGGAAAAGGUUGGGACGUCAGACGUGCUGUGGAAAGAUUUGCUGGUGAAGGUCGUCAAUCUGUUUCGCACUUUUCCGAGCAGCAACCCUCGAUUCGCGCGUUCGAAGUGUUACUUGAGGAAUUCCCUUCAGUCAUAAACAAACGCAUGGACGCUCUUCGACCCAACCUUGCUCUGAAAGAUUUGAUGGAUCAUAUUUAUGCGGCAAACGCUUUCUUACAGGCACAAGCCCCAUGGGAUAUUGCUUCCAAGCUCAAAAAAGGAGAAUGGGUGCUCAAUACUUCGUCGAAGGAGGAGGCUGAGCAGCUGAUGGACUAUAUCAUCUUCCUGAACACUGAGGUGCUGCGACUUGCUGGAAUUCUGCUCCAGCCGGUUAUGCCCGCAAAGGCCAAGCAAUUGCUCGAUAUGCUUGGUGUAGCGGACGACAGGAGAGGAUUCACAGAUGCCCACUUCGGUGUAGACAAGGACUAUGGUGUGUCUCGAGUACCUAUCGGCAAAGGACAAGCUGGUGUGCUCUUUGCACCUCUGAUGAGUGAUUCGUAA